AUGAGAAAUUUGAUUGUUCUAAAUAGAGGACUUGUUUCACCAGAGUCUCGAACAUAUCCUGAUUUACACAUUAUAGAUUCUGUUUUCGAUGUGAUAUCUGAUUCCAUCACAUUUGUCUUAUCAUCAGAAGAAUCUCAAAUAAUUGAAGUUCAACAAUUUCAUAAAACUGGGAAUAUUUCCGUAUUAGCAAGUUUUCCUGUCAAUUCCAAAUUAAUAAAUUUUAUUCAUUUUGUUGAUGCAACCCAAUUGAUAUUUGUUUUUGCCAAUGGUGAUAUUGUAACGGCAAAUUAUAAUACCCUGACCAAUGAAAUCGAUGAUACAAUCAUUGAGAUUGUUGGUUCUAUUGAUGUUGGGAUUUCAGCAGCUCUGUGGUCUAUUGAUGAAGAAACAUUAACUAUUGUGACCAAUGAAAAUAAAUUAUUAUUACUUUCACGUGUUUUUGAACCAAUUUGUGAGAAAUUACUCGAUUCUAGUGAUAUUAAAAUUACUGAUUCCAAACAUGUUUCUGUCGGUUGGGGUAAAAAAGAAACCCAAUUCAAAGGUAAAGGUUUCAAGGCAUUGGAAAGAGAAAGAGAAAGAGAAGCAUUGAAACAUGCAGGAUUAGAUGACAAUGUUACUCAAUUACGUGACCCAACUGUUAAUGAAAUUGAAAAGGGGACAUUAUCUACAUUUGAUGAUCAAUCAGUACAAAUCAGUUGGAGAGGUGAUUGCGAAUACUUUUCAGUUAGUACUGUUGAACCAGUUAUUGUGGAAGAUACUGGAGAAAUGUAUGAGAGAAGAGUUAUUAGAGUGUUCAACAGAGAAGGUGAAUUAGAUAGUGUCAAUGAGGCAGUUGAUGGAUUGGAACAUACAUUAAGUUGGAAACCUCAAGGAGCUUUAAUUGCAUCAACACAAAGACAUAUAGAUGAUGAAGAUGGAGAACAAGUACUUGAUUUGGUGUUUUAUGAGAGAAACGGGUUAAGACAUGGACAAUUCAAUACCCGUUUAAACCCAGAAACGGAAAUCAUUCAAAAUCUCACUUGGUCUUCUGAUAGUGAAAUUUUAUUAUUUCAAUUACAAGAUAGAGUUCAAUUAUGGACCACGAAAAACUAUCAUUGGUAUUUGAAACAAGAAUUGUUUGCUAAUGAUAUUAUUUUCGCCAAAUUCCAUCCUGAAAAACCAUUAAAUUUCAUGAUUGGAACUUCAACAGGGAUUCAAAUUGUUGAUUUGACCCACAAAAUUGUUACUGGACCUACUCAUUUAGGCAAUGAUUCAGGAAUGACUUUAGUCACUGAUGGAUCUACUGUUAAAAUCACUCCACUCUCAAUGGCCAAUGUUCCACCACCAAUUAGUUUCCGUGAGUUGGACAUUAAUGGUAAUAUCAACGACUUGGCCGUGAGCAAGUCUAAUGAGAAAUAUGCGGUACUUUCUAGUGAAGGAGAUAUUUAUUUCAGUGAAUUAUCAUUAGCAGAUAUGAAACAAGGUAAACAUCCUAAGGUGAACCACCAGAUAUCAAGAGAUAAAUAUAUAACUGAUUCCAAUGAAGUUGCCAAGCAAAUUGCUUUUAUAAAAGAUCUGUUUGUUGCGGUUGCCAUAGAUUCUCCUUUGGGUUCUCGAAUAGCUUUAUUCGAAGUUGAUGAUAUAAAUAAUCCAUUUAUGAAUGAAUCAGUCAAUAUUACAACCAAAAUUGUUUUAUUAAAAUCCAGAGCCGAUUUCAAUACCGUGAUUAUUGAAUUAGUUGAUAAUAGAGUGGUAGAAUUAGAUUCCACACUCGAUUCAAAAGAAAUUGUCAAAUUCCCACAAUUAUGUCGUGAUAUCGAAGUUUCUUUCAAAGAAGACACCCAACAGUACGAAGCUUUUGGUAUUUCUAGAAAUGGGAAAUUGUUUUGUAACGAAAAUCAUGUUGUUAGUGGUGUCACUUCAUUGAAAAUUACUGAAUCUCAUUUAUUAUUCACCACUGUUCAAUCGAAAUUAUGUUUUAUUCAUUUGAAUUCUAGUCAAGAAAAUUAUGAAAUAUUCCUGAAUUUGACAAAUGAAAAUAUUAUUGAUGAAAGAAUUAGACAGGUUGAAAGAGGGUCUAUAUUAGUCAAUGUAAUGCCAACGAAAUAUUCGGCAGUUUUAGAAGCCCCUAGAGGUAAUUUAGAAACUAUAUGUCCAAGAAUUAUGGUAUUAUCAGCCAUUAGAAAAUUCAUCAAACAGAAAAAUUACAAAGAUGCCUUUAUUACUUGUCGUACCCAUAGAAUCGAUUUAGACAUCUUACAUGAUUAUGACCCGGAAUUGUUUUUCAACAAUGUCGAGACAUUUAUUACUCAAAUAUCGAAAGUCGAAUACUUGGAUUUAUUUGUUUCAUGUUUACAUGAGGAAGAUGCCACUGUUACUAAAUAUAGAGAAACAAUAAAUGAUGCUGGGAUUACUCAAGAAGAAAUAAAACGUGAUGGUGACACUCUUCAACCAGCAUUCAGAAAGAAGUUUCAUCAUAAAAAGGAAAAAGUUUUCGCCAACUUUAAUGAUUCCAAAGUAAAUCGAAUUUGUGAAGCCAUAUUGAAUGUUUUAUUAAAGCCAGAAUAUUUCACUAAAUAUUUACAAACAAUUCUUACUGCUUAUGCUUGUGAAAAACCAGCAAAUUUGACAGAAGCACUCACAUUGAUUGGUAACAUGGACAAUCAAGAACAGAAAGAAACAGCAGUUACUCAUUUGUGUUUCUUACAAGAUGUAAAUAAAUUAUACCGAACAUGUUUGGGAUUAUAUGACGUCAAAUUAACAUUGGUGAUUGCUCAACAAUCACAAAUGGAUCCUAAAGAGUAUUUGCCAUUCUUACAGAAUUUACACGUCCAGCCAGAAUUGCAAAGAAAAUUUUUAAUUGAUGAUUAUUUGAAAAAUUAUGAAUUAGCUUUGAAAUGGUUACAUGAACAAGGCGAGACUGCUCAUGAAGAGUUUGAUGAUUACGUUGUAUUACAUGAAUUGUACAAACCAGCAUUGAAGAUCUAUACAUACGACAAAACACGAACAAAUACGGUCAUGGGAUUAUUUGCUGAACAUUUACGGGAAAAGAAAGAGUAUGGUGAAGCUGGGGUAAUAUUUGAAUAUUUGGCAGAUUUGGAAAAUGCAUUACAAUGUUAUGUCAUGGCCAAGAAAUGGAAACAAGCAUUAUCAUUGGUUGAAAAAGCUUCAGACCUUUCUGAGAAAUUAAUUGAAACUGCUGAAAAAUUAGUUGAAUCUUUAACUGAUGAUCAUAAAUAUAGUGAUGCUGCUGAAAUUGAGUAUCAAUUCUUGGGAAAUGUUGAAGCUUCUAUCAAAUUAUAUUGUAAACAAUAUUGGUACGAUCAUGCUAUAUUGCUAGCUGAAAAAUCCAAAAAACCAGAAUUGAUUGAAUCGAUAGUUGAUGUUCAAAUAAAUGAAGGAUUUGGAGUGAUUGCAGAAUUAUUAGCUGAUUGUAAAGGACAAAUGAAUUCACAAUUAAAGAGACUUCGAGAAUUAAGAACUAAAAAGCAAGAAGAUCCAUUUUCCUUUUAUGGAACCCCAGACGAUUUAGAUACACCAGAUAAUGUAUCUGUUGCUGCUUCUGAAACUUCAACAACACCUUCAUUUUUCACAAGAUAUACUGGUAAAACUGCUGGUACUGCCAAGACAGGAGCAUCGAGAAGAACAGCCAAGAACAAAAAGAGAGAAGAAAGAAAACGGGCCAAGGGAAGAAAAGGUACGAUUUAUGAAGAAGAAUAUCUUAUUAAAUCUGUUGGUCGUUUAUUAGAAAGAUUGGAUCAAACCCAACCAGAUGCUCUCAAAUUAAUUGAAGGACUUUUAAGAAGACAUAUGAAAGAACAAGCUUAUCAAAUACAAAAGAAUUGGUGUGAAUUGAUUGAUUUUAUAAAGGAAAACAUUGAUGAAAUUCAUAAUAUGAGUGAAAAGGAUCGUGAAAGAAUUGAUGACAAUGGUGAAAUAUAUUUGAUUGAUGAAAUCCCUAAACCUAAAGUACCAGAAUUUCCUAAAUUUAAUAUAUUAGAUUAUUAA